UAUCGCCGGGUUUCUCAUCACGCCCGCCCGUCUUCUCCUCCUCCUCUCUCGCUCUCUCUCACUCUCUUCGUAUCCAUCGCCCCCAAUUCUUCUGCCUUUGCGUUUAUAAUGCUGCCAUUGCUUCCGCUCGCGAUCAAUCCCUAAAUUUGAGCUCCCGAUUACGCAUCGCAGAUCCCUUUGCCUUCCCGCUCCUCUGCCUUUGCUCACCCCUACCGGUGUUUUGCCAGGAAUGCGGCAUAUGUGAAUCACUUCUUGUUCAGCAUAAAGAACUUCUCUCUUGCUUAGAAAAUUAAGGCUUUUGAGAUGAGUUCUCUUUCACUUUCAUUGAUUGAUGCUGCCGGAUUAGCGGGAAACAGGGGCAGUUUUGUCUCUGGAUCGCGUAUUCUUUUAAGGAAACAGUUGCUUGGUGCUGAUCUAGAGAGGUGUUCGGCCUAUGCAAUUGGGAGAUCUUGGAUGAAGAAUUUGGGAGGAUCUGUUGCUGCUAAUAGUCGUAGAUUUUCUGUGUCUGCAAAGAUCAGAAAGGGGAAAAGGCAUGAUUAUCCCUGGCCGAAGGACAUUGAUCCAAAUUUGGAAAGUGGGCAUCUGAGUUAUCUGUCUCCCUUCAAGCCUCUCACUGAGAAACCAAAACCUGUUACCCUUGCUUUUGAGAAGCCUUUGCAUGAUCUUGAGAAGAAGAUGGCUGAUGUGCGAAAAAUGGCUGCUGAGACUGGUUUGGACUUCACGGAUCAAAUUAAUCUUCUUGAAAGCAAAUAUCAGCAGGCUGUGAAAGAUUUAUACUCAAAACUUACUCCAAUUCAAAGGCUGCAAAUGGCUCGUCAUCCCAAUAGACCAACAUUCCUUGAUCAUGUUUUGAACAUCACUGAUAAGUGGGUUGAGCUCCAUGGUAACCGUGCAGGUUAUGAUGAUCCUGCCAUUGUUACAGGUCUUGGAAGUAUAGAUGGAAAGACCUACAUGUUUAUUGGUCACCAGAAAGGCAGGAACACUAAAGAAAAUAUUAAACGGAAUUUUGGAAUGCCAACUCCACAUGGAUACCGGAAGGCCUUGCGCUUGAUGAGGUAUGCUGAUCACCACGGAUUUCCAAUCAUCUCAUUUGUAGACACACCUGGUGCAUUCGCUGACCUUAAAUCUGAAGAACUUGGCCAGGGUGAGGCAAUUGCCUUCAAUUUAAGGGAAAUGUUUGGCCUAAAGGUUCCAAUGGUAUCUAUUGUGAUUGGUGAAGGUGGAUCUGGUGGUGCUCUUGCUAUUUGCUGUGCUAACAAGCUACUGAUGUUGGAAAAUUCUGUCUUUUAUGUUGCCAGCCCCGAGGCUUGUGCUGCAAUUUUGUGGAAAAACUCUCAGGCGGCUCCUAAGGCAGCUGAGAGACUAAGAAUCACACCCAAGUCACUGCGCAGAUUGAAGAUUGCUGAUGGGAUUAUUCCAGAACCACUAGGUGGUGCACACUUGGAUCCAACUUGGACUUCCCAACAAAUCAAGUUAGCUGUCAUGAAAGCCAUGGAGGAGCUCUCUGAACUGGACACUGAUAGCUUACUUCACCAGCGAUACAUGAAGUAUCGGAUACUUGGGGGAUUUGUUGAAAGCCCACCUGUGGACCCAGUGAAAAAGAGACGUAUGAAGAAGGAGGACACAAAGUUGAUACCAGCCGAAAGUAGUGCGGAGGAGGUGAAGAUUUCUUCACUUUCAGCUGAUUUACCUAUUUCUGGUGCAGGAAUAGAGCAAGUGAGGGAAGAAGUAGACCAGGAAAUGACAAAUGCUUUCAUUUCUUUGGGCCUACAAGAGGAGCUGGAGAAUCUUAGAAAUGAAUUAUCCAAAUCUCCUUCUGAAACAGUUGAUCCAACUUUAAAAGAAAGGGCUGAUAGACUGGUUCAAGAAUUUAGACAAAAGUUUGACCAUCCUGAGUCAUUCCCGCAACUGAAACAGAAGCUUGAAGUGCUAUCAAAGGUCAACACAUUACAAAAUCAGAUACCUGAAGAGAAAAGGUCACAGAACCAGAAUGAGAAGGUAGAGAAACUGAAGGAAGAGAUCAAUGAGAAACUCCUGGAUAAGUUGAAGACCAAGAUGGAAGUCUUGAGAACUGCACGUGCCUUGGUGGCUAGCGGAACACUGUUAGAUGCAGAUCAGAUUGAAGCAGUGGAGGCAGCAAAUGAAGAGCUAAAAGAGAUGCUAAAAUCUGUGAAUCUUGAGGUGGUGGGUUUGGGCAAGUCGAAAUCACCAAUAGCGCCACCAGGCUUAGAAGAGGAGUUGACGGUGGUUGACAAGUUGGUGAGGAAGGAAAUAGAGGCAGCAGUAGAGAAAGCUGGUCUAAGAAGCAAGAUAGACGAACUGAAGGCAGAGAUCGCAAGUGGUUCUAAUGGAGAAAAAAUAGAACAAUUGGAGAGGGAGAUAAAGGAAGAAAUUUCUGCCGUGAUUGAUCUGACUGAUUUGAAGAAUAAAGUUGCUUCUUCGCUGGGAUUGUCUGCCCAAGAACCAGCAUACGCUGGUAAUGCUUAAAUCUUGAGGUUGUUACAAGUUAAACAUAAUUUGAUUUUUCUGUGUAGAACUUAUUUCAAGUGACUCCAGAGUUUCUAUAUUUUCUCUGCACUUGUGGUCCUGGGUAUCCACAUUUGAACUGGUUGGAAAUGCUUGAGGAGAUGACAUGAUAUAUUUUUUUACAUAAGGAAAAAAUAAAGUAAUAAAAAAGGUUGUUCCCA